CUUGAUUUCCAGUUCAGUUUCGCCGUGGGUGCUAAAGUAAUUAGUUCGUAACGUCACCGAUUUUAUACGAAAAUGCGAUCUCGAGCGUCGCGAAAGAUGCUCGAUUGCAUUUUCGCAUCGCCAAAACGAAUCGUUCCUCUCGCUUGUCUCUUUUUAUUUUUAACUCCUCGUGCCAGUAUUGCGCAAAUCGAAAAUAAGACGUUUGAAAGUGCAUUCGGAUUGAUUUCGCGCGAGUCAUUUGAGGAACACAAUUCGUGGGAGAAUGGAUCGCCGACGCGCGCGGAAGAAGAAGCGGAAACCCCUAUAGAAGUCGAAGAUCUCGCGGAGGAAGAGACAGAUUUAACUCCCGUCGAGAAAUCCGACGGCGAGGAAAAUCCGAUACCAGUUUUACCUCGUACCGAAAAUGAUGUCAUAGCAAAAAUCGUGCCCGAAUCAAAGUUGCACGCUGUCGAGACUAUUUCCGGUAAAAUGGCAGACGAAAAGAAUGGAAAAUAUGUAAGAUACGACUCGAAUUUGCCUGAAGCUGAAAGAUACGCGCCUCGUUCGGACGAUAAUCCACCUUCUUACGUACUAACAGACCAGAGAUUGAAAGAAAUUCGAUCGCAGUUUAUGUACUGGUACUUCGAUAAGGGUGGCGACGAUAACAAAGGAGAUUAUCAAUCGGCUCUGCAAGCGACGAAUUUACAAAUACACAAGAACUUGAACUUUCAGUUGCCUUUCUUCGGCUUUAGAUUCAAUUACACAAGAUUAACGGUUAACGGAUACUUGGAAUUCAGCGAUCCACCGGAGCAUUAUACUUAUCCGCUUGUAUUUCCGAUAAAAGACUGGCCUAAGAAGAACGAUCCUAGUUUCAUCGGGAUUUUCUUCAGCAAGUGUCGCAUAGGUAAAAUUCGAGAGACCGACGUCGAUCAGAGAAAACCGGGGGUGUACUUUAGACUCGAGAGAGAUUUGCAAGGGAGAACCGAUCAGUUCGGCAUUGAAAUGAGAGAACGGCUGAUGUGGGACAUACGUACGGGUGUCGUCGGCGCGGACUCGUUCGUACCGAAACACGCCAUUAUCGCAACCUGGAAGAACAUGUCCUUCACGGGUGGCAUCGACUCGUCUCUUCAUAGAACAAACACGUUUCAAUUGGUCUUGGCUACCGACGAAGUUUACACAUAUGCCAUUUUUAAUUAUUUGAACAUCCAAUGGACAAGUCACACGGAAGCGGGCGGUGACACAACUUUAGGCGAGAACGGAGUUCCCGCAUACGUUGGGUUCAAUGCCGGAAACGGUACUCAAAGCUACGAGUACAAACCUUAUUCGCAAGCCACUACAAUACGCGAUUUAACGAGCAGAGGAUGGGCGAACGGCUUUCCAGGUCGGCAUAUCUUCAGGAUUGACGAAAAAAUAAUGUUGGGCACUUGCAACAAAGAUAUCGCUGGAGCUCAUUUGCCGUUGGUUUUUGCGCCUGAGAGCGGCAACAUGUUGGGUGGUACGGUCGUCAACAUAACAGGACCGUGUUUCAACGAGACUCAGAAAAUCAAAUGUCGUUUCGAGACCGAGGUGGUGUUGGGCACGGUCGUGGACAAAAAUCGCGCGAUUUGCGUGCAACCGUUCUUGAAAUACGAAGGCUACAUAGGUUUUUACAUUGCUAUCGACAGUGGAACUUACGACUGGAAGGGAAAAUACUUUGUCGAAACUCCGGCAACGGCGACGGAGAGAAUUUUUUUCAGCGAUAAAGAGGCUGUUCAUCAGAAAGACCCGGCGGAAAUCAAGAUCACAUGGAACGCAUAUAACUUGACGACCAAUAGCGAUGCGGACAUUCAAAUUUCGUUAUGGGGUUACAGAGAGACUAAGACAACUCCCGAGUUUGAAUACAUAACAACUAUAGAGAGAUCGCACAAAAAUAUCGGCAGUUACGUUAUUAAACCGGCCCGAUAUCGAGACACGUACAAUCCUUAUCACACAGACAUGGUGUUCGGUUUUCUCCAAAUCAACUUGACCGAUCCGCACUUGUAUUCCGGACUCUCGUUAACGCCGAGCUUGUGGAGCAGACCGAUUCCGCUCGCGUGGUACUUCACUUCCCAAUGGGAAAGACUAUACGGGUCGAAAUGGCCACAGAAGAUCUGCGACAAGUGGAUUAUGAACGACCGAUAUCUCAAGAAUUUCGCAGCUGACGUAGCACUUUGUCCCUGCAUUCUCGAUCACGCUUUGUACGAUAAAGGCCGUUUCUUACCAGAUUACAAUUGCGACAAGGACUCCAAUCCUGAUUGUUAUUACAAUCAACGCGCUCGUCACUGCGUGAGGACAGGUGCGCCCAACUUGGACGGUUCGGAACAGCAAUGUUGUUACGACAGAAAUGGAUAUUUGAUGUUAACGUACGAUCAACAAUGGGGAUCACGACCGCAUCGUUCGCACAACUUGGGUUAUUUCCCUUGGAACGAGGCUAACAAAGUUCCAACCCUUUCGCACUGGUACCACGACAUGGUGCCUAUGUACACGUGCUGUCUUUGGCAGGAAGAGCAAGCUGUCGGUUGUGAAACGUUCCGAUUCGAGAGACGACCUUCUCAGGAUUGCAUAGCGUAUCAAUCUCCAGGGGUGUCAACGGUGUUCGGUGAUCCUCACUUCGUUACGUUUGACGGCGUCGAGUAUACGUUCAACGGUAAAGGCGAAUUUGUUCUGCUGCGAGUAAACGACCUUAGGGACAAGCUCGAUGUGCAAGGUAGAUUCGAGCAAUUGCCGGAUAACGCUUACGGACACGUGAUGGCGACGCAUCUCACCUCGGUAGCGGCAAGAGGUAACAAUUCCGCUACCAUCGAAGUCCGUUUGAGACCGAAAGAUGCGCAAUGGAGGUAUCGACUUGAUGUGCUCGCGGAUGGUCAAAAAGUGUACUUCGACAGAAAAGCGUUGAAGUUCCAACAUUUUCCCGGCGUUGUCGUUUACACUCCGACGUACAUUCUGAAUCAGAGCGAAGUAAUCAUCAUGUUCGACACCGGUGCUGGCGUGGAAGUUGUGGAAAACGAGGGAUUCAUGUCCGCGCGAAUGUAUCUACCGUGGACAUAUUUGAAUAGAACAAGAGGCUUGUUUGGCAUAUGGAACUUUGAUAAAGUGGACGACUUGACGAGUCCCGACGGGUAUCAGGUCCCAAUCAAUUCCGUGAAUCAUUCGGAAUCUAUUCAUAAGAAUUUCGCGAUACAUUGGAUGCUUGAGGACAAGGAGUCCAAGCUGAAAGGAGUGAUGCCUCUGUUCUUCAGGGAAUUCGGUAGAACAGCAAGCCAUUACGCUAAUCGCACGUUCGAACCCGAAUAUCGAAAGUACCCAACGGAGAUACUCCCGGUAAAUAGAUCGCACGAUAUCGAGCGCGCGAUGGAGUUGUGCGGCGAGUCGUAUCAGUGUCAAUAUGACUACGUUAUGACCUUAAAUCGUGAUUUGGCGCACUUUACCAGAAAUUACUACGAGACGUACAAGCAAAUCAAUACGUUGAACAAAGAAGAGAUUGUGUCUUGCGGUGUGCUGGAAACACCGCGGUUCGGGCGUAAGAGCAAUUUCCUGUUCAUCCCGGGGACGAAAGUGAGUUUCGAGUGCAAUCAAGAUUUCAUACUCGUUGGCGAUAAGCGUCGGGUGUGUACGCCGGAAGGACACUGGAAUACGCCGGAGUACGGGUACACGGAAUGUCUUCGUUACGUCGAGUACGUUCAGCGUACAGCUUGGACCGUAAUGGGCAUUAUUGCCGUCGUGUUCGUCCCCGUGGUGGCCUGCAUCGUCGGUGGUUUCCUUUACAUAAGAAAAAACCAUACGCGGGGAGGCUCGACGAAAUCGUGGCGUUAUAGCGGCAAUGACUCCGCUACCGAUGAUUCCACAUUGUUGAAACCGACCGGGCCGCUAAAGUCGUACGAUGAUAGAACUGUUACUCCAAUUAGCGACUCUAGCACGGUUGAUACUAACAGCGGCGCCAGGAAGCGCCGUAGUUACGACAGAGUUUAUCAUACGCACGAACCUUUGCCCAAUAGACCGGAUAUUGACUUCGAAGAAAAAGAAUGGGAUCUGAAGGAACCCUUGUCGCCCACCGGAUCGGAUUCGGGCACGGACUCGAUUAGAAAGACGGGCAGUCCUACUAAAGAGAGCGACGUGUAGAUGAUACGCGCUUGUCUCACAGCAAUACUAAUACUAGGAAAUUUUUCUUAGUAGGAGUAGAAGAACAUAUUACAUUUUUCGCUAGCAAAGAAUGAUGAUUUCAAUUGUUUUUAAUUAAAAAAUGUGUGUGUAUGUGUGUGUAUGAAUGUGACCAUGACAACACAUCUACUUUCGAAAAACAGCGCAUAUCUUGUAUUACGUAAAAAAUUAAUAUCACAGAUCAAAAUUCGACAUAAUAUUGAUCGAAAUCUUACGGAAGAAGAAAUAAUUGAAAUAGACCUUUUCUUUUUACAAAGUUUAGGAUAAUAUAUUUCGGAUAAACAUUUUUACUCCAAAUAUAUAGUUUCAUUAUCGCAUUUUCGUAUCAUUAAGUGCCAUUGGUGUGUUUACAUGUAGAUAAUAGAGAUACUACUGUUCUUGCUGUGGAAUAGAAAUAGAUGCAAAAUAUAUUUGUGUAUUUUUUAAGAAUUGUACAUUAUCGCUGUUAUUCGUGAAAUGCCAGUUAAUGUAAAUUAAACGUCAAACGUAAAACGCGUCUCCAAGCGUAAGAUUAAAACGCAAUAACAACAACAAUUCGGUUGUAACGUCGGUUUAUACGCAGUAAAUGUUGAUUAGAUUUACAGUAAGUUAAUAUCAUAACAUUUGUGUUCAUAUACUGUGUACAAGUUUAUUGUAAUAAAAUUUUAUACAACAUUUUUUUUGGAAAAUCACAAGAGAAAUUUCUAUUCCACAUGCAUGCGCAGAGAAUGAUUGUGACAACAAAAUCGAUUAUCAUUACGAUGCAGCACGUUGGAACGGCAUUAGAAUGGAAUGGAAAUUUCUACCAGUGUUAUCAUAAAUUUUUUAUAUUCCUUUGUUCUCUCAUCAACUUCUCUCCUUCUCCCUUUUAUUUUUUUUUUUAACGUUAUAUAAUUGCAAUUAGAGAAAUAUCAUUCUCCGCGGUCGGAUGAUGAUGAAAGGCGUGUCGCAACUUCCAGUUCAUCCGUUUUUGUGUGAUUACAAUUAUUUUUCGUAUAUUUAUGUGCAACGUG